AAAAAAAAAAAAAAAGCUAACCAUUCAAAAAGAGGGGAGAUUCCUUCUUCUUCUCUAUCUACUUUCUUUUUUUUUUUUUCUUAUUUUUAUUUUUUAUUAUUUUAUUCUUCUCAUAAAUGGCCAAGGAAAAGAAAGAUCCCAUCUUCUCAUUGAUAGCGGGAUCAGUUGCUGGUGGUAUUGAAGGAAUGGUGACUUAUCCAACCGAAUACGUUAAGACACGACUUCAACUUCAAGCAGGUGGGUCAUUGGCACAUGGUGAAAUACGAUUUAAAGGUCCUAUCGAUUGUCUUUUACAAACUAUCAAACAUCAUGGUUUUGGUACUAUUUAUACCGGUGUCAGUGCUUUGGCCAUUGGCAAUGCAGCUAAAGCAGGUGUACGAUUCUUGACUUAUGACCAAAUUGCAAACCAGUUACGGGAUAAAGAUGGCAAGUUAUCAGGUAUAAGAAGUGUCUUGGCCGGUCUUGGUGCCGGGAUGACUGAAGCAGCUCUUGUAGUGACACCUUCAGAAACCAUCAAAACCAAAUUGAUUCAUGAUCGCAAUAAUGUUACACCAAAAUAUCAUGGAUUGAUUCAUGGUACUUCAACAAUCAUCAAGGAAGAAGGGAUGAGUGGGAUCUAUCGAGGGUUGGGACCAGUGAUGGCACGUCAAGGAGCCAAUAGUGCGGUGAGAUUCAGUAGUUACAGUUACUUCAAAUCAAGUUUCCAAAAAUGGCGUGGAGAUGAAUCAACGCUUCCUUCUUCUUAUACGUUUGUUGCUGGUGCUUUGGCCGGGAUAGUGACCGUCUAUUCUACUAUGCCUUUGGAUGUUGUCAAAACAAGGAUGCAAGGUUUGGAUGCUCGAUUGCUUUAUAAACAUUCUCUGGAUUGUUUGGUGAAAGUGGUCAAGGCCAAUGGUGUAUUCUCACUUUGGAAGGGUACUACACCCCGACUUACUCGUUUGAUUUUCUCUGGUGGGAUUGUCUUUACGGUUUAUGAAAAAGUCUAUGCUGGUCUUGACUACUUAAAGUCAUCCUCUUGAUACCUUUAGAAUCAAUUUGUACAUUAGUAAUAGUAGUAGAAUAUUUGAUUAGUUACAUAGAUAGUACGAUUUUGUUGAAUGAAUUGGUAGAAAUAAAACAAAAAAAUAAAAAUGAAGUCAACUAUUGGAAUAGACAAGGUG